AUGACAGGUUGGAUGAAGACGAAAAGUAGAAGUGAAACUGUGUGCUUGGAGAAUUGUCUUCUCACAUUUGAAGAAAACAACGAAAUUGCAAAUAUCUCGUAUUUAUAUAUGAAACAUGAAAAUUUUAUAAACGGCAUCGUCGAAAGUUUGUUGUUGCUUUUGAAUACAGGAAUUCUCGCUAUCGAUUCUGUCUGUUCAAGUUUUAACAUUUAA